UGUGACAGUAUACAUCAUCACCAAUCAAUUAAUCAUGAACAUCAACAAAGCCUACCACCGGCUUUCUCUCCUCUCGCAUCACCUUCCCUUUUCUCUCUCUCCCCCUCAUUUUCUCUCACUCUCUCUCCCCAGAUUCACAUCUACCCGUACACGUGGCCGCCUGAGAACACUCCCUUCCUGCGCCGGCGGCACCACCACUCGUGCCGCCAUGUCCUCCUCCAGGUUUCUUCAUCUCGUCCCUAUCAACGCCGCUGCAGCCGAAGGUGACACCGGCGUCGGCUCUAAUGGCUCUGUUUCGUCUACUGCCGAAGACGAAGAAAAUUCGGCAUUGGGAAGCGGUUAUCGGCUGCCUCCUCCUGAAAUUAAGGAUAUUGUUGACGCUCCACCACUUCCCGCAUUGUCAUUCUCACCACAGAGGGAUAAGAUACUAUUUCUCAAGCGGAGAGCUUUACCUCCACUAGAAGAGCUAGCAAAACCCGAGGAAAAGCUGGCUGGUAUUCGCAUUGAUGGAAAAUGUAACACCAGGAGUCGGAUGUCAUUCUACACUAGUAUUGGGAUCCAUCAGUUAAUGCCUGAUGGUACUCUAGGGCCAGAGAAAGAGGUACAUGGCUUCCCUGAUGGCGCUAAGAUUAAUUUUGUUAGCUGGUCACUUAAUGGUCAGCAUUUAUCCUUCAGCAUCCGAGUUGAUGAGGAGGAGAACAGUAGUAGCAAGCUUAGAAUAUGGGUUGCUGAUGUGGAAACUGGGAAAGCUAGACCCCUUUUUCAGUCACCAGAUAUCCAUCUCAAUGCAGUUUUUGACAAUUUUGUUUGGGUAGAUGACUCUACUCUAUUAGUUUGUACCAUUCCUUUAUCUCGUGGAGAUCCACCAAAAAAACCAUUGGUUCCCUCUGGCCCCAAGGUUCAAUCUAAUGAGCAGAAGAAUGUCGUUCAAGUAAGAACCUUCCAGGAUCUGCUAAAGGAUGAGUAUGAUGCUGAUUUGUUUGACUACUAUGCUACCACACAACUUGUUUUGGCUUCUUUGGAUGGGACCAUGAAGGAAAUUGGGCCACCUGCUGUAUAUACAUCAAUGGACCCCUCGCCAGAUCAGAAAUACCUUUUGAUAAGUUCAAUUCACAGACCAUAUUCUUUCAUUGUACCAUGUGGAAGGUUUCCCAAAAAGGUAGAUCUAUGGACAAGUGAAGGGAAGUUUGUCAGAGAACUUUGUGAUUUGCCCCUUGCUGAGGACAUUCCCAUUGCAUUCAACAGUGUGCGAAAAGGGAUGCGCUCAAUCAAUUGGAGGGCGGAUAAGCCUUCAACACUCUACUGGGUGGAGACACAAGAUGAAGGUGAUGCAAAAGUGGAAGUUUCUCCACGUGAUAUAGUUUAUAUGCAACCUGCUGAGCCGCUUGAUGGUGAACAGCAAGCAAUCUUACAUAAACUUGAUCUUCGAUAUGGAGGGAUUUCUUGGUGUGAUGAUUCUUUGGCUCUUGUUUAUGAAUCCUGGUACAAAACACGGCGAACAAGAACCUGGGUCAUUUCUCCUGGUUCUGAAGAUGUGAGUCCACGCAUACUGUUUGAUAGGUCAUCAGAAGAUGUAUACUCUGAUCCUGGUUCACCUAUGUUGCGGAGAACUACUGCUGGGACUUAUGUGAUUGCAAAGAUAAAGAAGGAAAAUGAUGAAGGCACAUAUAUCUUACUUAAUGGAAGUGGUGCUACACCAGAGGGGAACAUCCCAUUCCUUGAUUUGUUUGACAUAAAUACAGGUAGCAAAGAACGAAUAUGGGAAAGCGACAAAGAGAAAUACUAUGAGACUGUUGUUGCACUAAUGUCUGAUCAGAGUGAGGGGGAUUUAUAUCUUAAUCAGUUGAAAAUCUUGACUUCCAAAGAGUCAAAAACUGAAAACACCCAAUAUUUCAUACAGAGCUGGUUAGAUAAGAAAGCAUGCCAGAUUACAAAUUUCCCUCAUCCAUAUCCUCAGCUGGCAUCGCUACAGAAAGAAAUGAUCAGAUAUGAGAGAAAGGAUGGGGUUCAACUUACUGCAACAUUAUACCUGCCACCAGGCUAUGAUCCCUCAAAAGAUGGCCCUCUUCCCUGUCUGGUUUGGUCUUACCCUGGAGAAUUUAAAAGCAAAGAUGCUGCUGGGCAAGUACGUGGUUCUCCUAAUGAGUUUGCAGGCAUAGGUCCAACAUCUGCUCUACUUUGGCUGGCUAGAAGGUUUGCUAUUUUAUCUGGACCCACAAUUCCCAUUAUUGGCGAGGGCAAUGAAGAGGCAAAUGAUAGGUAUGUAGAGCAACUGGUUGCGAGUGCAGAGGCUGCGGUGGAAGAAGUUAUUCGGCGUGGUGUGGCUCAUCCAAACAAAAUUGCUGUUGGGGGUCAUUCCUAUGGGGCAUUUAUGACUGCAAACCUCCUAGCACAUGCCCCUCAUCUGUUCUGUUGCGGAAUUGCUCGUUCUGGUGCUUACAACAGAACACUUACACCUUUUGGCUUUCAGAAUGAGGACCGAACACUCUGGGAAGCCACUGACACUUAUGUAGAGAUGAGCCCUUUCAUGUCAGCUAAUAAAAUCAAAAGGCCUGUCUUGCUUAUCCACGGAGAAGAAGACAAUAAUCCAGGGACACUUACGAUGCAGUCAGAUCGUUUCUUUAAUGCUCUGAAAGGUCAUGGUGCUCUUUGUCGCCUGGUGAUUCUUCCCUUUGAGAGCCAUGGCUAUGCUGCAAGGGAGAGUAUCAUGCACGUCCUUUGGGAAACAGAUAGGUGGCUACAGAAACAUUGUGUAUCAAACACUACCAAUGUGAAUGAAAAUCUUGAUACAUGUAAUGAUGAGGCAAAGGAAGAAAUUACUGAUCCGGAAAGCAAGACAGUUCCUGCCAGCGGGGGAGGCAACCCAGAGCUGGCAGAGUCAGAGCAUGAAGGAUUUCACCCUAGGGCUAGGGCAUCAUUAUGGUAACUUCUUCUACCUUGAGAAUAAAAUAAAGAAAAUCUCCAACCACUAUUCUUUUAUGAUUGCUUUCAGUUUAAUAGUAGAAUCUAAGUAACAUCUUAGGUUAACAAUCCUUGUGCAAAAGUGGGAAUUUCCAUAUUGUAUUGAAUGGAUCAAUGCAGAUGCUGACUAGUGAAGGAUAACUGCUGGAGCUUCAGUUCAAUGCAUAAACAGGGGUCCCAGCAUCAUGGUUGCACCAAGGUACAUUAGUUUGAAUGAUCUAAAUCACUGUUCCCUAAGAUUAUUUUCGCCCAAACAAUCUGUUUCUAAAUUGAUGCAAUGAUGCCUGUUGACAAAUCA